AUUCCUUUGUGUUACAUUCUUGAAUGUCGCUCGCAGUGACAUUAGCAUUCCGGUACUGUUGGUAAAAUGGAAGACGCCAAAAACAUAAAGAAAGGCCCGGCGCCAUUCUAUCCUCUAGAGGAUGGAACCGCUGGAGAGCAACUGCAUAAGGCUAUGAAGAGAUACGCCCUGGUUCCUGGAACAAUUGCUUUUACAGAUGCACAUAUCGAGGUGAACAUCACGUACGCGGAAUACUUCGAAAUGUCCGUUCGGUUGGCAGAAGCUAUGAAACGAUAUGGGCUGAAUACAAAUCACAGAAUCGUCGUAUGCAGUGAAAACUCUCUUCAAUUCUUUAUGCCGGUGUUGGGCGCGUUAUUUAUCGGAGUUGCAGUUGCGCCCGCGAACGACAUUUAUAAUGAACGUGAAUUGCUCAACAGUAUGAACAUUUCGCAGCCUACCGUAGUGUUUGUUUCCAAAAAGGGGUUGCAAAAAAUUUUGAACGUGCAAAAAAAAUUACCAAUAAUCCAGAAAAUUAUUAUCAUGGAUUCUAAAACGGAUUACCAGGGAUUUCAGUCGAUGUACACGUUCGUCACAUCUCAUCUACCUCCCGGUUUUAAUGAAUACGAUUUUGUACCAGAGUCCUUUGAUCGUGACAAAACAAUUGCACUGAUAAUGAAUUCCUCUGGAUCUACUGGGUUACCUAAGGGUGUGGCCCUUCCGCAUAGAACUGCCUGCGUCAGAUUCUCGCAUGCCAGAGAUCCUAUUUUUGGCAAUCAAAUCAUUCCGGAUACUGCGAUUUUAAGUGUUGUUCCAUUCCAUCACGGUUUUGGAAUGUUUACUACACUCGGAUAUUUGAUAUGUGGAUUUCGAGUCGUCUUAAUGUAUAGAUUUGAAGAAGAGCUGUUUUUACGAUCCCUUCAGGAUUACAAAAUUCAAAGUGCGUUGCUAGUACCAACCCUAUUUUCAUUCUUCGCCAAAAGCACUCUGAUUGACAAAUACGAUUUAUCUAAUUUACACGAAAUUGCUUCUGGGGGCGCACCUCUUUCGAAAGAAGUCGGGGAAGCGGUUGCAAAACGCUUCCAUCUUCCAGGGAUACGACAAGGAUAUGGGCUCACUGAGACUACAUCAGCUAUUCUGAUUACACCCGAGGGGGAUGAUAAACCGGGCGCGGUCGGUAAAGUUGUUCCAUUUUUUGAAGCGAAGGUUGUGGAUCUGGAUACCGGGAAAACGCUGGGCGUUAAUCAGAGAGGCGAAUUAUGUGUCAGAGGACCUAUGAUUAUGUCCGGUUAUGUAAACAAUCCGGAAGCGACCAACGCCUUGAUUGACAAGGAUGGAUGGCUACAUUCUGGAGACAUAGCUUACUGGGACGAAGACGAACACUUCUUCAUAGUUGACCGCUUGAAGUCUUUAAUUAAAUACAAAGGAUAUCAGGUGGCCCCCGCUGAAUUGGAAUCGAUAUUGUUACAACACCCCAACAUCUUCGACGCGGGCGUGGCAGGUCUUCCCGACGAUGACGCCGGUGAACUUCCCGCCGCCGUUGUUGUUUUGGAGCACGGAAAGACGAUGACGGAAAAAGAGAUCGUGGAUUACGUCGCCAGUCAAGUAACAACCGCGAAAAAGUUGCGCGGAGGAGUUGUGUUUGUGGACGAAGUACCGAAAGGUCUUACCGGAAAACUCGACGCAAGAAAAAUCAGAGAGAUCCUCAUAAAGGCCAAGAAGGGCGGAAAGUCCAAAUUGUAAAAUGUAACUGUAUUCAGCGAUGACGAAAUUCUUAGCUAUUGUAAUAUUAUAUGCAAAUUGAUGAAUGGUAAUUUUGUAAUUGUGGGUCACUGUACUAUUUUAACGAAUAAUAAAAUCAGGUAUAGGUAACUAAACGGA